ACCUUGUGUAUAUCAGUCGUCAGCUACACGGGACUGGUACGUUUCUUCAUUCAGAGGAACAAAAAGAAAUAUUAGAGACGUCCAUACACCCUCCUCAUCUUGACGGUUUUAUAUUUCGAACAUCCACAUCGCCGAAACCAUCGAUAAUCAUGUCUUCCAAUCCACCACAAUAAGUAACUCAGGUAAUUCUCAUAUUCAACAGUCACAUGGUUAGUCGAACACUGGGACACACUCAAACAGCAGGCACCAACGUCGUGACUGCCUGAAAUCCAGCCUCUCUUCUUGCCGCCUUCCCCAUCUUCCAUUACACCCCAACACUGUCCAAUCACAGACCUUGGAUAAAUCAUGACACCCAAAUUCGACACUGCUUUGGACAAAACGCCCAUAUCAUGGAAGAAAUUGAUGGCAUUGCGGGAAACGGGGAAAGAUACUUUCGAAUCACUCACCCCAGCCUGGCCACCUGCUCCUUUUAAACGGACCUUUGGAGGUCAUGUAUACGCCCAGGCCGUGUAUGCCGCUAGCAAGACUAUCAGUCCCGGGUUCUUUGUUCAUCAAGUAACCGGCUAUUUCAUCCUGCCGGGGGAGGUCGACACACCAUUCAUCUACCGCAUACGACGCGUUCGCGACGGAGGAGUCUACAGCCUCCGCACCGUGGACGUCUACCAAGAAACCGAAGUCGGAGGAUGGGGCAAAUCGCCCUGUUUCAUCGCCACAGUCUCAUUCAAACGACCCGAGAACAACAGUCGCAAAUUCAUCGAAUUCUCCCAUCAACACGUUCCUCGCGACCACAUCCCUACCACAUACCACAGUGUCCUCGACGGCAAAAAACCCGAAGACCACCCGCUCGCUCCUGGCGCCGACGCCCUCUGGUGGGAGAUAGAGGAACGUGAGGCAUGGGAGAAAGUCGCGUCUGCAUUCCCUGGCGUUGAGACUCGGAAAGUCAAUAUGCGUGCAUACAAUCCUGUUGUGCCUGUCGGUGGAGGGCCAGAUGGUGAAGGCACCUCGCGGUGGAGACAGUUGAUCAUGUAUCGCAUCAUUCUGGACAAACCUAAUCCUCCUUCUGAUCCAUCCUCACCGCCCCAACCCGUCGACCUCAACCUCCACGCCGCGGCACAUUUAUAUGCAUCAGAUCGGAAUUCCCUUUUCAUGAUCCAACACGCGGCAGGAUAUCAAAACGUUCGUACUAGCAUGGCCUCACUGUCCCAUACGGUCGUCUUCCAUGGUGUGGCUGAUACAAUGCGCAUGACUGACGACCAAGGGAAUCCGAAAUGGUUUGUGCAGGAGGCGUGGACGACUCAUAACGGUGACAAACGUGGGUGUCAUAAUAGUUAUCUGUGGGAUUACUAUGCCGGUCGAGUGGUCGCUACUACGAUUCAGGAUGGCAUGGUGAGGUUUCCCAUCACCCCGCCGAAACAUUCUUUGAAUAUUCGUCCCAAGACAGCAGUGGUGCAACCUAGUAUCACGAUGACUACGACGAAAAAUGCAAAUGAUGAUGCAGAUGGAGAUGGAAAGUCGGAUGCUGUAAAGAGUAGAUUGUGA